CCACUGGUUGAAAUAUAGCAAAUGUCGGGGAAUCAGCAUGUUGAUCACUCUAUAGAAGAUGGAGGUGAUGAAGUUCGUGAAGAUGUAGUUGAUGCAAGGCCAGACAGAAGUAGCAGAUUCUCACUUUUUGCAAAGAAAAAGAAGAAUGGAGAAGAAGAACAGCCAAAGUCCUCUCUCAGUAAUCAGUACCGAAUUGUUACACCCACAUUCCAGUAUAAUAUGGACUACAAGAAAGUUGGCAAAUGUAUUAUUAUAAACAACAAAAAUUUUGAAGACAAAACAGGAAUGGGUACACGCAAUGGCACUGAUAAAGAUGCUGGAGAUUUAGCUAAGAGUUUUCAGAACUUGGGGUUUGAGGUUUGCACAUACAAUGACCGAAGCCGGGGUGAUAUGGAAAAAUUACUGAAGCAAGCUGCUGAGGAGAAUCACAGUGAUGCCGCUUGUUUUGCCUGUAUCCUGCUAAGCCAUGGAGAAGAAGGCCUCAUCUAUGGCACUGAUGGACCCAUGGCUAUCAAGAGUUUGACUGCGCUAUUCAGAGGAGACAAGUGUAAAAGCCUUAUAGGCAAACCCAAGUUAUUCUUCAUUCAGGCAUGCAGAGGCUCUGAAUUUGAUGAAGGCAUACAAACUGACUCUGGACCUGCAAAUGACACUCUGGAGACAGAUGCCAAUCCAAGAUACAAAAUUCCAGUGGAAGCAGAUUUUCUGUUUGCGUAUUCCACAGUGCCAGGUUAUUACUCCUGGAGGAAUCCUGGAAGAGGCUCCUGGUUUGUGCAGUCCCUGUGCUCUGUGCUAAAUGAGCAUGGAAAACAACUUGAGAUCAUGCAGAUCCUCACACGGGUCAACUAUGUGGUUGCCACCAAUUUUGAAUCACAGUCUGAUGAUCCACGCUUCAGUGAGAAGAAGCAGAUUCCCUGUGUGGUCUCUAUGCUCACCAAGGAACUUUACUUCUGAAAGUGUACUUUAAUGCAGCCAGUGAUGAAAAAUCAGGAUAUGGUUUUGGGUGGAGAUUUGAUUAUAAACUGGAGUAAUACAUUUUUAAUAACAGAAAUUUAAUUACACUAGAUUUUUAUAUUGUAUAAGAUGGGGUAUCUGAUGGCUGGCCAAUAUGCAAGACUUUAAGGAAGAAAUAAAUGCUGUGGGCCAACCUGACAGCUAAUACUAAUGACUGUAUCUUAAUUUCCCUUAGUAUGGCUGUCAUGAUUUAUGGCUACUGAUGACAUUCUGGGAGUAAGCUACCUGACCCGUAAAGGUUUAUUCCAGGAAACAGAUUGUAAAUUAAGAAGAAACAAAUUAAAUUGUGAGACUCUAUCUUUUCAUUCACUGUGAACUCAUGGAACCAUAACUUCCUUGGAAAUUUCCAGAGACCAUCAUAUUAUGGGUAUGUCCAAUGAUGAAACAGUUUGUAGCUAUUUAAAAGGAUGCUUCUUAGUCUAUUACAUUAAUUUCCCUUACAUGAGCACUAUUAAUGAAGACUAAUGGUUGUUCUGUGCUUCUGGAAGUCAAUUUAUUUAGUUGUCACUCUAGCAUAAAUGAAUAAACAAAAAAUGGGGGUUUGUCAAUGAUUUACCUGAAUAGUAUGAAAAUAUAGUAGAAAAUUCAGAAUUAAACUCCUUGGAAAUGAUUGGCAAACUGUAAUUGGGUGAUGCCUUGUGAAAGUGCCAUUGUAAAGAUUUCUGCCUUGCAGAUGACAGCUAACUGAUAAAGCAGCCUGAAACAGUGGUACUGCAGUGUUUCUGCUUGCAGAAAUAAAAAUGUCUGCUUGUUGAUUAAGAAGGUUUGAACCAACAGAAAGUUAAUGCCACAGAUUUGAUAUAAAGCAUUAACAUUUAAUGUUGAAAUGAUAGAAUUAUAUGUUCCAGUAACAAACGGAUAUUCAGGUAUAGCUUCUAUUUGUGAGGAAUUUUGCCAACACUGGAAAUACUUACUUGAAGCAGAAACUAGAAGUGCCUUUUUAGGGUCUUGAUUUUGUAUUUUGGGGCUAUAUUGGUGAUGUUGGUAUUCCUACUUUUUAUAUACUCUUUAAAAUUGGUAGCUAGCUCAAAGUAAGUUUAAUGAUGGUUAAACUGAUAAAUGAUCAGUUGUUCUCCCUUUUCCUGGUUAAUGUACUCUUUGCAAUCUUCUUCGAAAGUAAGUGCAUAUUAUUAAAGCCAAGUUACCAAAUGAUUAAGUUUAUUUUCUUACAAAUACUGUGACAUAGUGAGGCAUAUUUAUAUUUUCCUAAGUCAAAUCUACAGUUCUUUGAAUUACAGGCAGUGAUUGUUUUAUGGAUGUCUUGAGCAUGAAAUCAAUAAAGGCCUUUUUAAAAAAUCCUGUUAAUA